AUGCCACCACCUACUGUGCCAACAGCAACACCUUCUGCUUUUCACAAAGACAUCAAGUGCCCUGCCCUCGACAAAGAGUCAAGCAUCACCUAUCUUGACCUGAACUUUGAGACUAAACUAUCUCUCCCGCCGACAAAGCGUCCUCUUGGUGAAGCCAGCCCAAAAGUGAAGGCUCCAAAACUUGAUCGCUAUGUCCGUCCCUCUGAAUGGUCGCCGGCUCGGAAGAACGUAAUGCUCUGUAUUGCUUGUGUCGCAACAAUCUUUGCGUCUUUUGCGGCGAGCGCAUAUUCACCCGGCGCUGAGCAAAUGGCAGAGGAAUUCCACGUCAGCCAUGUGGCUGUGAUGGUGGGGAUCACGUCUUUCAACAUGGGCUUUGCCAUUGCACCGAUGGCUCUGGCACCAUUCUCCGAGGUCAGGGGCAGAAAGCCCGUCUUCCUCGCCAGCGGCAUCGUGUUCCUUGUAUGCAACAUCUGCUGCGCAGUCACUCCAACAUAUGCAGGGAUGUUGAUAUCCCGCUUCUUCGCUGGAGUCGGUAGCUCGACCUUCUCGACAAUGGUCGGAGGCCUGGUAGCCGAUAUCUACCAUGCUCGAGAUCGCAAUCUGCCAAUGGCUCUUUUCUCCGGAGCAGCUGUGUUUGGCGUGGGCCUGGGUCCUCUUCUUGCCGGCUUCAUAGCCCAAGGCACUACCUGGCGCUGGAUUUUCCAUGUCCAGACGGUCGUCAUUGGAGUUGUGCUCGCUGUCAUGGCUGUUUGCUUUCGGGAGUCUCGAGAAGACGUGAUCCUGCGAUCAAAAGCCCAAGCCUUGAACCAUUGGUAUGAAUCACGAGAGCAGGUCGGGCUCUUUGAUCAUUACCACUCUCCAUCUACCACGCCUCCUCAACGUAUACGCUGGAAGAUAGAGACAGGUGCUGUGUCGGCGCCUUUGAGAAAACAGGUUGCCGUCUCCCUUACACGGCCAUUCUGUCUUCUGUUCACUGACGCGGUGGUCUUCUUCUUCUCCCUCUGGGCAGCUUUCAGCUGGUCCGUGCUGUACAUCUGUCUGUCGUCCAUUCCGCUUGUCUUUGGGCAGACGCAUGGAUUUGACCCGGCGCAGUCCAACGCCGUCUUUGCAUCUUCUUGUAUCGGUUGUCUGGUUGCGACGGCACUGGGAACGGUGCAAGAGGACCUGACGAGGAAAUUACUGAGGACAACCGUAAAGAAUGAGCCUGAGACUCGUCUUUACGGCAGCUGUCUUCAAGGCCCUCUCCUUCCCAUCGGACUAUUCAUGUUUGGUUGGACGAGUUACCCCUCGAUCCACUGGAUGGUUCCCACCAUUGCCAUAGGCGUCGCCACCAUGGGAAUCCUUAGCAUCUAUCUCGCCGUCUUCAACUACCUGGCAGAUGUGUACGGCACAUCCGCGAGCUCGGCGAUUGCAGCGCAAAGCUUCUGCCGCAAUGCUCUGGGAGGAGUCUUUCCCCUGGUGACAACCCAGAUGUACAAAGCUAUGACGACGGGCGGUGCGUCAAGCUUCUUGGGCGGGUUUGCAGCUCUCCUCAGCUUUGUCCCUUGGGUACUUGUCUUCUAUGGCAAACGAUUCAGGGAGGGGAGGUCUGUUUACUCCAAAUGA